CAUCCAAAGACAUUAGCAAAUUUGCAGUAUUUAAAAACGCUCGAUUUAAGUAACAACAGACUUGAAGAGUUUCCACAAAUCUCAAAUAAAAUAGAAGUUAAUGUUUUAUAUAUUAAUCACAAUAACGUAAAGAAAAUAAUCUCAUACAAUUUCGUGCAAAUGCCGAAAUUGACGAAAUUGUUAAUGGGAAAGAAUCAAAUUGAUGAGAUCCAUGUUGAUGCAUUCGCUUCUCUUUCUAUCUUAGAAGAAUUAAAUCUGUCGACAAAUAUGUUAAGUUCUCUGCCGGAAGGAUGGGCCGAAUCCCUUGUAUCUCUAAAAUAUUUGGAUUUGAGUAAUAAUAAAUUUAUUUCAUUGGAGUCUUUGUCGCUAACCAGUGCGUUGCCAAUAAUGGAAAUAUAUUUAAUGAUGAAUCCAUUAGAAUAUCUGAAUGUAAGAUAUUUUGAAGAUUUACCGCAGAAUCUUACUAUCCACUUAAUAAACUAGUCAGUUUAUAAAAGUUUCGGAUAUUGAUAUGAGCAACGAAUGAAAAGGAAUUCUGAAUGAUUAAAAUUUUAAUUCUGUA